AUGUCUAUAGUUUCGCUUGCUUAGAACGAAAAAUAUGUAAAAAAGAUUACUUGCUUCCUUGUGUCAGUUUCCUUUAAUUCAAGAAUCCUACUUGUACUUCUCAUCAAGUUAUCACCUCUCUCUCUCAUUUAGAAACACUCAUAAUUUCUCUUUUCUUGCUAUCAGUAGUCUAUCACACAAGUCUUUUCUCAUUUUGUUGGUGCUUUAAUGUCUUAUCACCACUAUGAAACCAACCCUCAUCUUGUUCAGUUUUCCUCGCAGGAUCAACAUCCCGGUGGUCCCUCUACCUCAUGGCCCUCUCCGGACCACCACCAGAACCCACAGGCUCAUCCUGUUGCUCCAUCAGGGCCUAGAAUAAAGACUAGAGGUCGCCACCAGAGUGAGCCACCUGAACUUAUUCAUGAGCCGCCUUCCUCAAGACCCAUGCCACUGAGGCCAGAAGAACCGUUACCACCACGCCGUAAUCCAAACCCUGGUAGGCCAUCGCUAUUGAGCCCUGAAGAUCAACAACGACCUCAACCCAACGGUGGCCAUGGACCUGAACCAACUCCAUGGAGGACGGCUCCAACACGACCAACGCACCAUCAACAAGGUCCAAAGAGGACCAAACCCAUGAAACUACCGGCUACAGUCUGCUGCGCAAUUCUCUUAGUCAUCCUGAUUCUCUCCGGCCUCGUCCUCCUCCUCGUCUACCUCAGCAACCGUCCACACACACCCUACUUCGCCAUCGCAGCAGCUAACCUAAACUCGGCGAAUCUCGAAAUGGGUUACGUUCUAAACGGAGAUCUCGCGGUUGUGGUAAACUUCACAAACCCAAGCAAGAAGAGAAGUGUCGACUUCAGCUACAUCAUGUUCGAGCUCUACUUUUACAACACGCUCAUAGCAACACAGCGCAUCGAGCCGUUCAUUGUUCCAAAGGGAAUGUCCAUGUUCACGAGCUUCCAUCUCGUGAGCAGUCAGGUCCCUAUUCAAAUGAUUCAGAGCCAGGAGCUGCAGUUACAGCUCGGAACAGGUCCUGUGUUGUUGAACCUGAGAGGAACGUUCCACGCUCGCUCGAACGUUGGGUCGUUGAUGAGAUACUCUUAUUGGUUGCACACGCGUUGCAGCAUCUCGUUGAAGAAUCCUCCUUUAGGGUACAUGCGAGCAAGAAGAUGCAUUACAAAACGCUAGCGUGUUGCCCUGCAACUUUCUGCGACUGAGUAUAUUACUUAAUUUUUUGUUUGACGCAUUUGAUGAUUAUAUAUGCAAACAUAUACUUUUGUAUUGUUUUCAUAUUUUUCUGCUACAUUUAGAAAUAAAACAAAAUUUUUGCAUAGGAAAAAAACCUUUGAUCUUGUAUCUUGAAUAACAGUAUUGAUCCAAAAUUGUAUUUAGUUUGAAUCUAACUGAUGCAGAUUCCUUAAAAAAAAACAUAAACAUUCCCUUA